CUUUGUUGCGUCCUUCUUGCCUUUUCUCUUUGCCUUCUUUCCAGUAGCCAUUUUCGUUAUUUCCGUUGAAUCAAGUGAGACACAAUAAAUGAAGUUGUGGUUCGGCGGCCUCUGACUUGUUGUUCCACUCUCUGCUAGCUCCCGUUUUCUCCCGCUCGUCACUCGUUCUUCACUUGUUAUGCCGCCCCUGCUUAUAGCAAAGCAGUUCCUUACGUGCUGCCGGUAGAUGAUAAUAGGAAGUAACAUAGCAUGUCACGACUCAUGCCAGCACUGACAGCAGAAAACGUGCCCUUUCCCUCCUGCCCCAAAUCCUCGCCUCAAGGCCCAGCCAACCCAGCCCCAGACAGGUGAAACUACACCGUCCAUCCCUCAAGGCCAUCACUCCCUUCCUAAUGGCGCACCAAAAAACACCCCUGAACCCAGCCUCCUUCACACCUCUCCCCUUGUACUCAUGAAAUGAGAGGUACCCUUGCACCUACAAACCCCUCCCCUACCACACAUAACCUUUACCCCAUCAUCCACCCAUCUCCACUUCUCUCAAAUUCCAAAUCACACGGACACAAGCCCACACAAACCCACCUUGCCGUGUUUCAUCAAUCGAGAAAUAAAUAA